CAAUAUUACUGUCCCACUUUUUCACUAGUAAAUACUCUAUCAAAGAGUAGUACUCUUUGACUCUAUAUAGAUUGACAAUCACAGCGUAAUCUUCUGCUUGAAUUGACUGUCAACGAACGUCUGAAUAUUUAUGAACAAUACUUCUUUGAAUAAUUUUAUUGUGGCACUUGCAAAAUUUAAUACAGUAAUAAGCAAUAUGCAUACAAAACUUCCUUGUACUUGAUCUUGACGGGCAAACUAGAAGUAACGAUGAUUGAAAUAAAUGUUGCGUCUUAUCCGCGUGUUCCGCACACGUCGUGGCUGGCAACUCGCUUCUUUAUAAUGAUCGUUUGCGAUUAAUAAUGGAAAAACGGAAUUUCAGCAACAAGGAAGACCGCCAGGUCCUCCAACACUACGUGGCCAAAGAAAAUACCAUUCUAACUCGUAUAUCAGGAGAAUGCGAAAUAAAUAUCAAUACGUUACGCCUCGGCAUGCUCGUCGAAGCAGUCGAAGAUUUGGGAGACAGUGCACUAAGAAUUCGAGUGAUUGAUACAACAGGAUCAGAAAUUUGGCGUGGCACAGAAUGGCGUUGUCACAGAUUCGAUUUGAUCCCUGUUUCAUCAGAAGUAUGGAAAUUUCUACCUGCUGUCUUAGUACCUCAAGAAAGGAUUCGCUUAGCCAAUCACAAACAUUUGUGCGAAGAACUUAUGAACCUGGUGGUAAAUGAUACUGUCUGGUAUUGUCCUGAUCUGCAAGGAUACACAAAAUAUUUAGCUAUUAUUAAAUACAUUGGACCUGUGCCACAACUUGGCCAAGGAUAUUAUUUUGGACUUGAUUUAUUGGAAGGUCAAGAAUCAUCUAAAACAGCAUCAUUAAGUAAAGAAUACUUUGUCUCUACUCACUCAGAUGGAAGAUUUGCUACAUUGUGCAAUAUUUUUCCAUUAAAGCCAGAAGGUCCUACAGGUCUUGGAAAUGCGGACAGAAAUUUAUUUGUGAAAAUUGAUACAGGAAAUAAUUACAUAAAUGAUAAAAAGAAAUCUGUACUUGAUUCUGCACCAGCUGUACAGUUAGAAAGAUUCACUGUGUUUGAUGACAAUAAAAAUAAUAAUAGAGAUCAACGAUCUCUGCCAAAAGAGUAUCUCCAGUCAGCAAAAUCACUGACGCUUGAAAAUGACAGUAGUAUAACUAAAAAUACAAAUAUUCAUGAACACAAGUGGAGCAGUGAUAUUGAAUCAAAUGUGUACAGUGAUAUUGAAGGAACAUUUGAACAUUCAAGUUCAUUGGAUUUUAGUAACACACCCGAAAGAAAUGAAAACAAGAAAUUCGGACAUGUAGAAAAUACGGAUCUGAUUGUGGGCUCCAAUGUAAAGGUGCUUCUGGAUUCUGAUGUACAUUAUGGGGUUAUUCGUUGGAUCGGAACACCUCCGGGUAUUACCCCUGGCAAACUGAUGGCAGCUGUAGAACUAGACAACAAUCACCCAACAGGUACUGAUGGAACAUAUAAGGAUGUAAGAUAUUUUCAUUGCCGACCUCACAGAGCUGUGUUUACGGAUCUUGACCAGUGUUCUCAUUAUGAUACAAUGAUAAAAAUAGAUGAUUCAACGGCAUCAGUUUCAGAUAAUUUCGGUAAUAUGGAAAGCUCUGUAAUCGUCGGUAUGGUACGUCCUAUUUCCGUGAAAGGAAAUUUAGAAAGUAUUUGUGGAAAAUAUCGGGGAAUUCAAGGUCAUCAUAAUUCAUGCUAUUUAGAUGCUACUCUUUUCAGCAUGUUCACAUUUACUAGUGUCUUUGAUAAUCUCUUAUUUAGGCCGCCAAAUGAAAAAGACUGUCCGCAAUAUGAGGAAGUGCAACGAGUAUUACGCGAAGAAAUUGUAAAUCCACUUAGAAAAAAUAUGUUUGUUAGAGCUGAUCGUGUAAUGAAACUUCGAACUUUGUUAGAAAAAUUAUCAUCAGUAUCUGGACUUACCAGUGAAGAAAAAGAUCCUGAAGAAUUUUUAACAUCUCUUGUUGCUCAAAUUUUAAAUGCUGAACCAUUUCUGAAAUUAAGUUCUGGGCAAGAUGCAUAUCAUUAUCAACUUUUUGUUGAGAAAGAUGAUCAUCUGAAUCUUCCAACAGUGCAACAGUUAUUGGAACAGAGUUUUCUUACAAGUAAUAUAAGAUUAAAAGAAGUUCCUUCGUGUCUUAUUAUACAAAUGCCACGGUUUGGAAAAUCAUUUAAAAUGUAUCAGAAAAUUCAACCUACAUUAUUGCUUGAUGUAACUGAUAUAAUUGAAGAUUCUCCCAGACAGUGUACUGUGUGCGGAAAAUUAGCAGAAUUUGAAUGUAAAGAAUGUUACGGAGAAUGCGGUGUCGGGCUUGAAAGUAUUGCUUUUUGUUUGCAAUGUUUAGAAAAGGUACAUCGGCAUGAACGAAGAACAAAUCAUGAACCAAAGAAACUUGUAGUACCAAUGGAAUUCACCAUUUUACAAGAACAUUGCCCUGUACCACGAUUGUACCUGGAAUUAUCAGCAGUAGUGUGCAUUGAAACAUCACACUAUGUCUGCUUUGUGAAAUGUGGUUCUGGUUCAGAAGCGCCAUGGUGUUUUUUUGAUUCCAUGGCCGACAGAAAAGGAGAACAAAAUGGUUAUAAUAUACCCGAAAUGGUUCCAUGUCCUGACUUCCCCUACUGGCUAAGCGAAGAGGGUGGAAAUUAUCUAACCGAAUUAACGGAUGAUCGUCACCUACCAGAACAUGCGAAAAGACUUUUAUGCGAUGCAUAUAUGUGCAUGUAUCAGUCCCCUGAUGUUAUGAUGUACAAAUAACUUGAAUUGCCUGAUAUAAUUAGGUAAGUUAGGUUUAAAAUAAUUACUUAAUAAAAGUAGGUUUGUGCUUGUUUUAUUUAUUUGAUGUACACAAGUUAAUCUGGUAAAGGUAAAUACUACAUAGUAAAUACAUCUGUUUUUAAUGGUGUAAACAGAAAAGUAAUGUAGCGUUGAAUUAUGAUUUGUAAAAUUUAUUCAAAUGCUGCAGUCUUAAGGAAACUAAAAUAAUACGUGUAUUAUAGAAGUCACUUCAAAAUUAGUGUUUUUAAUCAAAAUUUAAUUAUCUAAUUCGAGCAUAGUGUUAUCUUUUUUUUGUAAUUCGUAGUUAUAUAUGUAUAUAUAAGUGUAUAUAAUAUAUAUUCAUCAGUGACAUAAAAUUAAAUUUGUAUUCAAUUAUGAAAGUUCUAAAAAAAUCUACUAUGCUUUUGUAAAGUUUACAUACUAUACGAUCUUUUUUAUAAAUUCGAAAUUAUUUCGAUAGAUCGAUUGAGAAUCUUCGUUCAAAACAAUGAAUAUAAUAACACAUUGAAUGUAACAACACAUAAAUUAGGAGCGUGUAUAUCUAUUAAAAAAUUCUACGCAUAUAUGAAACAUUGAAAAAAUGUAGUUUUAUACUAAAAGUUUAUAGAUACGACAAAAACAUUUUGUGACUGACGGUUUUUAGUAAAGAGCACAAACAGCUAACAAAUCGUUCCGUAACUUAAAAAUAUAAUGACUAGGAUUCAAAAGUUAAUGCUGCACUUUUAAAUCUACUAUUGCUCUACUGAUUUUGUACUCCCAUUUUUAUAGUACGGAUUAGAAAUGUUUUACUUUUAUUCUUAUUGCCAUGGUGAUUUAACAGAGAUCUAAAAGGCUAACUUAGUACAACAUCAAUUUAAAAAUCCGCUAAGUUUGUUGCUUUUGAAUUUAAACAGUAAGAAGAUUGCCACAGAUACAUCAUACGCGAAUAUUUAUAUCUGAAAGAAAAUUCAUAUAGUUCUUAGACAUAAAAAUUUGGUUAACACGUAGCUGAUUUAUACUCUUGAAGUAUAUUGAACAAUAACAUUAUAUAUAAAAAUGAUGAAUUUCCAAGAAUAGAAUAAGAUUCUGAUAUAUUUCAAACUUAUUCUUCUGUUUGAUUUUUUUGGACUAUAGUUAAACUUUUAUACUACGCCAAAAUCUAAGAAGGGAAACGAUAGAAUUUUCUAUUAGAAGUAUUGAAUUUUAAACAAAUAUCACUGCAAAAGAAGAUAUAUACAAUCAUGAAAGUUAAGAUGUAUCAUUGUACAUAAUAUGUAAUAGGUGAAACUGAAUGUUCACUGAUGCCUUUGUAUGGCAGAACUAAUAAAGACAAUGAUAAAGUU